AUGCUCAGCCUCCAGCCUGUCAGGCACAUUCUGUGUGAAAAGCACAGCAAAAUUAUGGGUGCCAUGGAGAAGCUGAAGUCUGGAGUGCGUUUCAGUGAUGUAGCUUCACAAUUCAGUGAAGAUAAAGCCAGACAAGGGGGAGACUUGGGUUGGAUGACAAGAGGCUCCAUGGUGGGGCCUUUCCAGGAAGCAGCAUUUGCCUUGCCAGUCAGCAGUAUGGACAAACCUAUGUACACAGACCCUCCUGUCAAAACAAAAUUUGGAUACCAUAUCAUCAUGGUUGAAGGGAGAAAAUAAAUCAUGCAAAGCACUGAACAGUUUUGAAACCUACUGGUUUAGACACUGAACAGGAACUUUCCAGGUGAAUUAGUCUUGCCCAGCCUUGGGAACAGGCAACAUAUAUAUUUACACAUGGUGGGAGAGUCUAUUUAAACUACUUUUUUUUUUUUACAGUUUCACCUCAAAUAACAGGUCAUAGUGUUAGCAGGGAUAGGACCCAACAGCACAUUCUAGAUAAAAGGUCAGGUGAAGGUCUUUAGGUAAUUGUUGAACUCUGCUUAGACAUGAGAUUCCUGCCCUGUGGGAGGGCAGGAAUGGAUCACAGGUCCAUUUGGGUGCAGAGGACCAGAAGUUCCAAUUUCCUGCAAGGUAUUGGGUUCCCAAAGUGCAACACAAUCAGUCUAGAACAAAAUUAUUUUAGAAGAAUAGUUAACAACAGAAAAUAGUGCUGGAAUGGAAGGGACCUCAGGACUUCAUAUAGUCUAACCCUCUGUUCAGGGCAGACUUAUUCCUGUCUAAACCAUCCCAGCUAAGCUAAUUAAACAGAUGGAGAAAAACACAGUUGCAUUGACCUUGAAACAAAGGGACUUUCAUCCGCAUUGAAUAGCACAUGGGAUAUUCAUUAUGAGACAUUUCUUCUGAGGGGAGAUGUUAAAUGGCAGAACAUGCCAAUAACACCUCCUUGCAUAUGGAGGGAGUUAAAAAGGAGCCUUUCUGCAGCUCCUACUCUGUUCUCCAUAAGAUAACAGAAGGUUACAUAGUGAGUUAAGAGGUAAAGGUGCUGGUUUCUAAGGAGCCUAUGCCAUUGCUGAAGCUGUUGCAGGUUCUCUUGCCAGUUGGGAGUAGCUGCCAGCAAACAAACAGCAAGGUUUUCUUGGAAAAUGUCCUUCUAGUAAGGGAGUUGGGUAAAACUGGUGAAGCUAAAAGCAUUGGUCCUUAUACGCAUGACAUAGAGGUGUUCCAAUUGGCGGUCUAAUGACUUGUGUUAACAGGAGUUGUAACACCUCAGGUAUAAGAGUUUGCAGGUUUAUCUUAGAUAGCCUCUGACUGACAAUGCCUGGAAACAGCAAUCAUGAUGCCUUUCAUUCACCUCGGUGGCAACUGGUCAGUUAGGCAAUACCUUUGGAAACCACAUCUAAACAUUUCAAAACAUCAAUAAAAGCUAGGUACCAAAUGGCAGAGUCUUAUUAAUUCCGAGGAAAGGCCUCAGCACUUAGAGGAAUGGGAUGUGUGUGGGGCCCUUUGUAGCUGCCUAUACAGAACAGGCAGCAGUUAUUGAGAGCUGCAGUUUGUUGUAGGGCAAGCUUUACACCAAGCUAGGCUCUUUGCUCUAACACGGACUAGCUCCUUCCCCCAUUACAGUCAAUCCAUAGCUGUGCCUGUAUUCAAGUGUGCCUCACAAAGCUUCCAUUUUAACUUAAAAUUGGAUGUAAUGCAUGAUCUUGGGCUCCCUGAGUAAUGCAGUCCUUUUAUACCACAUAAACCUUUCUACCCAAACCUCCCUCACCCCAAUUGGAGUGGUUUAAGUGGGGGAACUGAUUUUUUUUGCCAAGAAUAGAAGCACACCAUUUUGAUUCCUGCUUGCAGCAGACAUGGCAUUUCUAUUCAGGCAACCGAGGGAGUCAGAUGAUUUAAUGGCUUCCUUUUAGCAACUGUGAUGCAAACAACAAUCACCUCUCCCUUUUUUAAUGGUCUUGAUGUUGCACUAAUCAAGCUAACCUUCCUUCAGGCAAUUUUAUUGUCUUGCAGCUACUCC